CUUUGGUGUCAUCAACAUAAGAGAUGUCGGUUCUAGUCUAUCUCUUUCCUAUAUAUGGAAAGUUAAAAAAUCAUCAUAUAAUAAUCCAGAAAUUGCAAUACAAAAGAAAAAGGGAGGUUUGUGAUGAUUUUUCAAUCUUUUCUACUAGGUAAUCUAGUAUCCUUAUGCAUGAAGAUAAUCAAUUCGGUCGUUGUGGUCGGACUCUAUUAUGGAUUUCUGACCACAUUCUCCAUAGGGCCCUCUUAUCUCUUCCUUCUCCGAGCUCAGGUUAUGGAAGAAGGAGAAGAAGGAACCGAGAAGAAGGUAUCAGGAACAACAGGUUUUAUUAUGGGACAGCUCAUGAUGUUCAUAUCGAUCUAUUAUACGCCUCUGCAUCUAGCAUUGGGUAGACCUCAUACAAUAACUGUCCUAGCUCUACCCUAUCUUUUGUUUCAUUUCUUCUGGAACAAUCACAAACACUUUUUUGAUUAUGGAUCCACUAGCAGAAAUUCAAUGCGUAAUCUCAGCAUUCAAUGUGUAUUCCUGAAUAAUCUCAUUUUUCAAUUAUUCAACUAUUUCAUUUUACCAAGUUCAAUGUUAGCUAGAUUAGUGAACAUUUAUAUGUUUCGAUGCAACAACAAGAUGUUAUUUGUAACAAGUAGUUUUGUUGGUUGGUUAAUUGGUCACAUUUUAUUCAUGAAAUGGGUUGGAUUGGUAUUAGUCUGGAUACAGCAAAAUAAUUCUAUUAGAUCUAAUAAGUACCUUGUGUCAGAAUUGAGAAAUUCUAUGGCUCGAAUCUUUAGUAUUCUCUUCUUUAUUACCUGAGUCUACUAUUUAGGCAGAAUGCCGUCACCUAUUUUUACUAACAAACUGAAACAAAUGCUAGAAACGAACGAAAUUGAGGAAGAAACAAAUUUAGAAAUAGAAAAAACUUCCGAAACGAAGGAGACUAAACAGGAAGAAGAGGGAUUCACCGAAGAAGAUCCUUCUCCUUCCCUUUUUUCGGAAGAAAAGGAGGAUCCGGACAAAAUCGAUGAAACGGAAAAGAUCCGAGUGAAUGGAAAGGACAAAACAAAGGAUGAAUUUCACUUAAAAGAAGCAUGCUAUAAAAAUAGCCCAACUUCUUAUUCUGGGAAUCAAGAUAUUUCAAAGUUAGAAAUACUUAAAAAAGAAAAGAAAAUCCUAUUAUGGUUUCAAAAACCCCUUAUUUUUCUUCUUUUCGACUAUAAACGUUGGAAUCGUCCAAUGCGAUAUAUAAAAAACAAUCGGUUUGAAAAUGCGGUAAGAAAUGAAAUGUCACAAUAUUUUUUUUAUACAUGUCAAAAUGAUGGAAAACAAAGAAUUUCUUUUACAUAUCCACCUAGUUUAUCAAUUUUCUGGGAAAUGAUACAAAGAAAGAUUUCUUUGGCUACAACAGAAAAAUUCUUAUAUGAUGAUGAACUAUACAAUUAUUGGAUUUAUACGAAUGAACAAAAAAAAAACAGCUUAAGCAAUGAAUUUGCUAAUAGAAUUACAGUUCUAGACAAAGGACUUUUUUAUAUAGAUGUACUUGAUAAAAAAACUAGAUUAUGUAAAAGUAAAAAUGAAUAUUUACAAAAAGACCAUGAUCCUUUAUUAAAUGGAUCCUAUCGUGGUAUAAUAAAAAAAACUCUUUUACCUUUUAUAAAUAAUGAUGAAACUACAGUAAAAAAAUUAAUAGAUGAAAUUUUUAUAAAUAAAAUUCAUAGUGUUCUGGGUAAUUGUAAUAAUUACCAGGAAUUUGAAUAUAAAAAAGAUCCAUUUAAGAAAAACCCAAUAUCAUCAAAAAUUAGACAUUUCGUAACUUUAAUGAGUCAAUUUGAUGGAGAAUCAACAUUCAAUCAAAAAGGGAUUUCUUUACUUUCAGAACACAAACAAAUUUGUUCAGAAGAUCCAGAAAUAUUUUUCAAAUUUUUAGUUGAUACAAUCAUGGCGGAUUCCUUUACUCAAACAAUUCCAAAAGAAUCGAUUGGAAUAAAAGAAAUAAGUAAAAAGGUUCCUCAUUGGUCAUACCAACUAAUUGAUGAAUCCGAACAAGAGGAAAUGGGAAAUGAAAAACAAGUAUCAUGGCCUCAUCAAAUUCGCUCAAGGAGCGGAAAAGAAGUAGUUUUUUUUACGGAUAAACAAGAAAAUACCGACAAUCCUACCCCUAAUACUGCUGAUAUAUCUGAGCAAGCGGACGAAGUGGUUUUGACACGUUAUCCACAAGAAUCUGAUUUUCGUCGAGAUAUAAUCAAAGGUUCCAUGCGUAGUCAAAGACGUAAAAUAGUUAUUUGGGAAUUGUUUCAAGCAAAUAUACAUUCCCCACUUUUUUUAGACAGAACGAAUAAAUCCUCUUUUUUUUCUAUUACUUUUUCCAGAUUAAUUAAACGAAUUUUUAAAAAUUAUAUGGGAAAAAACCCAUAAUUGGAUAUUUCUAAUUAUAAAGAAGAAGAAUUAAAAAAAAAAAAAAAAAAAAAAAAGC